AUGGUGUCCGUUGGUAAGUAGCGUAGCUAGCUAGCAAAUCGGGUAUACUAGUGUAGCUAUUACUUACUCAUUGCUCUCUAUCAGUCCUCAAUUAUUUUAUUAGUCACACAAAUGAAACCGAGCAGGCUUGAUUGCUUAUUUAGUGAAGUUGAAGCCGAUAACUGUGAUUACAAGAGAAAACGAGUUAGCGUUAGCUAGGGCUUUGCUAGACAGCUUCCGGGUAGCAUUAGCUAGCUAGAAAAGGAAAGUCAAAAGUUAGUAACUUGUAGCUAGCCUUCAAUCAAUGUAUAAAAGAGUUUGAAUAUAUUUACAUGAUUGUAAAAUUCUCACGUUUUGAACAGUUCAACAGACCUGAUAUAAGGCAGACUAUGGCUAGUGUUUUAAUGGGGAAAGUGGGGAAACAUGUAUGUGUAACAUCUGUUGUGUAAAAUACAUCGUGAGCAAAUGUGAUAAACUAGAGAGCUUUAUUACAUUUACAUUUUAGUCAUUUAGCAGACGCUCUUAUCCAGAGCGACUUACAUGAGCAAUUAGGGUUAAGUGCCUUGCUUAAGGGCACAUCGACAGAUUUUUCACCUAGUCGGCUCGGGGAUUAGAACCAGCGACCUUUCGGUUACUGGCACAACGCUCUUACCCACUAAGCUACCUGCCGCCCUUUAUCUUUUUCUACUCUCACUUUUCUGGCCAUAAUAUAAUAAUUGGGUGGUUGUUGGCAGUGCACAUAGGCAUUGUUGUUUGUCCAACAUGGGUACCAUUAUCAACUGAAAUUGUGUUUAUCAUAAACUCAGAAUUAACUGUUUGAAUCCAAUUUAAUUAAAACAGAUGAUUGACAGACAUUUCCUUUCCAGUGGAGGUACUAUGCCUCCUGCUGGUAGCUGUGCUGUGGGGCUGCACCAACCCAUUUCUGAAGAGGGGCACAGAGGGGAUUGAACAUGUGAAAAAGGAAAACAAGUUUCAUCAGUUCCUGGCGGAGGUUAAGUUCCUGUUUUUAAACAUCAAGGUAAAUUGACAUCUGUAUUUGGAGAGGGACUAAAACUUUUUCAUUUAGGCCUAUAGUCUUAAUUGAUGCAAAUACACUUUCCAUGUUUUUCCUGUUACCUAUAGCAGAUGUAGCCUAUAACAACAUGUCUCUUUACAUUUGCAGUACCUGAUACCAUUCCUACUGAAUCAGAGCGGGUCCUUGGUGUACUACUUCACUCUUGCCACCACAGGUUAGCUACAUCUUACUACUAAGACAUGUUGAACUACAGUAUGACUGUUUUACACACCGACUGCUCACAAUCUCAUCAUCCUCAGGUUUCUCUUAUCUCAAAAUCACAUGAUUGACAGACAUUGAUGCCAUUCACCCUGUUCUAGGGUGUUGGGUGAAGUUGCCCCUAGAUGCUGAUAUUUCUUCCUCACCCUUUUUACCCCUCCUCCUCCCCUCGUACAGAUCUGUCUCUGGCUGUGCCCGUGGCCAACUCCCUCACCUUCCUCUUCACCAUGCUCACUGGGAAGCUGCUCGGGGAGGAGUUUGGAGGGAGAAGUAAGUGUUGCAUGGUUGUGAUGUCACCGCUCUCCAAACAUAAUGGCACACAUUCUACAACAUUGCCAUCGCUCUCAGGGCUGUUUGGUUAGCCUUAACACACAUUGCAUUGAGAAUGGUCUCAUUUUUCACAUGCUGUCUCUGUGUGUUUGUUUGUUUGUUGCAGGAGCUGUUGGAGGAAUGGUCCUCACCAUGGUGGGCAUCACUCUAUGCGUAGUGAGCUCCAUCAGUGAGACUGAGAGCACGGGGCAGCAGAAUGGCACAAAGGUCUCACCAUAGAAAUAGAUACUGUAUCAGCACAGUACUGUAUAUCUCUAUGGGUCUCGCUCUAAAAAAAGAUGACUGGACACAUUUUAACAAAGGUUCUAUCGCAUACCACCUAGUUCAACUUAUUGUUUCGUGUCUAGGGUACUUUCCAUAGGCUUAGUUAUGUCUUCAAUGGAAGUGACUUUAUGCUACAUAACAUACUUCUUCAACUACAGCAGUGUUUAGGCUAUUCAAAGGGACCAAAGUGUAUCGCUGUAGAACACAACAUUUUGUAACAGAGAAUGAAAAUGAGCGCUUCUUAUUGGACAAGUUCAAGUAGUAAGCUACUUCCCCAGUCCCCGUUUCAAAACGCUUUCUCCCUACUGGACACAAUCCUGACCUAUGCCAGCCAGGCAGUAGAGUGACUGGACAAUAUGUAGAAGAGAAUGCAAAUGAGCUUAGUAGGAACUCAUCAUGCACAGUGUUGUGGCUCCCACACCUUAUAACAACUGUGACACAAAGUUCAAGUAGGGUUAAUUCCAGCCGGGGUCCAGAUUUAUUGCCUAUCUAGUUCAAGCCGAGCCAGCCAUUCUUGCCGCUUUGCUGCCAUGUUGUGUGAAUGCUGCCCAUAGAAACACUAGGCUAUAGGCCUAUAGAAGACCACAGUCAAUGUGUUAUUGUUGAAAACAGACACUAGAGUUCACGUCUUGAAAUCAAAGUGCUGCUACUGUAUAUCAUGUUCAGAGAAACAGUUAUUACAUUGUAAUGUCUUAAUGAAACUACAAAGGCGUUCCGUGCAAGGUGAUAUGUUGAGAAUGGGAAAAACUGUAGUCUGUUUGCUGUUGAAUUGCACUUUUUAUUCAGAAAUAAUGGCAUUUAAACCAAAAUGCUUGUACUGUACAAUCAGAGGACUUUGCUGUUUUUGUAAGAUAUAAAAUAUUUCAUAUUGUAUAUUUCCAUUUGAUAUUUCCAAGUAUAUUUUGAUGAAGAGGAAUUCUUUACAUUCAGUGAAUAUGUUCAUAACUGUAUAAUACAGAAGCCUAUGGCCUACUUGUUCUCUUACUGUCUCAAAAAUAAUGUUUCCUAUUUACAGUAGGUUUGCCGCUUUCCAUUAAAGUAAAGCAUUGAGCAUCAUUAACAUUCAUUUUUUAAUAAACAGUGUCAGUACCACAUUAUUUCCUGCAAAAUAUGUCAAUCUCAUAAUGAAUACAUUCACAUUUUGUAUUCUCAGUUUGCUAAUAAAAACAAUAGAUAGUGCUAAAGGUAGACUAUAUAAUCCAUGAUGUUUUGUUACUAUGCUCAUUAUUAGAGCUGUGUGUCAUUCUGAUGUUGUGAUCUUGGGGGGGGGG